AUGGAAGAAGUCGGUCUGCGCUCUCCCAGGGAUGUCCUACGGCGACACAUACGAGAUCACCACGGCGAGGCGAGAGAAUUCUUGAAUGAUGCCGGCGGAGUCGAGGUAUAUGGACGCAAUGAGGGCAAUCUUCUUGCAGGCCACGCACAAAGCCUCCGCUCUCCUAGACGAAAUCUGGGGACAAGCCUCAGUCCUCCUAUCUCGUCUACUUUACAGAGAUCGAACAAUGUCGUCGACGAUGCCAACUCCAUCGACGAUCUGCCCCCUUUAGCGGGUCUCGCGUUCGAGGAAAUUUUCGAUUCGAUGACCGACCCUGUAACAUCUGCUGCUCUCAGAGACACCGUAAUGGACGCUGCUGUCUAUCCUCACCACACAUCACAGGCCAUACCUGAACAGGCCUACCAGGAAGCAAUCGAGAGUUUCGGGGUGGCGGAUGUGAUCUCAAUAUCUGGAGUUAGUGAGGCCAACGACAUGGAUGCGUAUGUCCAUUCCUCAGACAGCAAUAUCGGACAGUUGACCGCUACUGAGUUUAUCGACGGAACAGGUAGCCAGCAUCUCCAUGACUACCUAUCCCCGGCCACCUCUUUUGCCCUCACUUUUACAGGCACAAGUCUUCACGGACCCGAGUUGCCCGAUCAAUUUGAAUGGACUUCAGAGGAGACGGUCCAAGAACAACUGGAGUCGAUUGAGGCUAAUUCGACACGGCACUAUCCUGGGGACGAGCGAUAUCAAGUUGAAAUUCCCGAAUCUGCAUCGACUUCAGGGAUCAAUGGAAGGAGGUGGUUCAGUCUUUCCUCGUCCCGAUUGCCGAAACAUGUCCUCUCUCCGCGUGAAUCUGUUUGGCCCUCUAAAGUCAUGGGGGGAGGACAUCAACAGACCUCGCGCAAUUGGUGGGAAUUUGUCAUCUGCUGCUGUGAAGCCAAUAUCUUCUGCCAUCAAAGUGUUCAUACUGCCACAGAGUCGACAGAGAGCCCGACAUUCGGUUCGCACGCAUUUGGCUUCAAUGAGGAGUGCCGUUCACAACUCAUGCAAGCUUUCUGUCUUUCGCAAUCGAGCCGUCGGCCUGACGUGGCGGAUGCCUUUCCAUCACAACCACCAUGGUCUCGUGGAGGCCGUCCAUCCAGCUUGGAAGCACAGUUUCCAUCACUGGAAGCUCUGUCCGCAUCACUGGGCCUCUACUUUCGUCACUUUCACCCGCUCAUGCCUUUUAUCCACCGUGUGACUUUUCACGCCCCCGCGGCAAACCUGUCGGUCCUCUUCGCCAUGUGUCUGAUCGGCCUGAUGUUCCUAGACGAGGCACGAGCGAAAAGAUGUAUUGGAGCGAUGCUCCCUACCGCGAUUCAAACAUGCAGAAGAGACUUGGAUCGACACGCUCAUCAGACACACUUCUCGGCCGAGGUGCUGGCCUCGCUGGCGUCCGCCAUGCUGCUCCUGUGCAUAUGUCACAUGGCCAACUUUUACGACGAGACGUCUCGGUUGAUGUACAUUGAGGCCAUGUCACUGUCGCAGCGCCGACAUCUCUUCCCGACGGACGACGGCAACGAGGCCCUCAGAGGCUCACUGAACGGGGCGAGUCAGCGGGAAAAGUGGAAAGCGUGGGCCCGUGUCGAAAGCACCAAGCGGCUCUGCGUGUGUCUUUUGAUGGGAGACGCCAUGUUCUCCCACAAGUACGAGGUCAAGCCCAUGCUCCGCUUCGAACUGCUCGAGUACAUUGUCCCGAGCGACCUCGCGACCUUUGAGGCUCCAAACCAGGCCGUCUGGUGGAAGCUCUUGCUCCAGUCGCCGUCGGGGAGGAUGGUCACGUUGCACACGUUGAGUCUUCCGCGGUCAAUCGGCAACUACGAAAUGCACGGGCUGUUGGCAAUCUGUUGGGCUCAAGUGCUGGAAGGACAACUCGACCGCCCAGGCGGUGCUGUCGACUCGGACUGCGCUCGGGCAGGUAGGCAUGACAGGCCGCUUGACGACCACGCUCGCAUCCAGCGAACGGCCGCCGUGCUCUCGGGCCUGUACGACGCAUAUAAAGACGCAUUCACAUCCCUCAACCCCAACUGUCUCGUGUCCUGGCACAACACGUGCAUGAGCCUCGCGGCAGAUCCGCUCCUCUUCCAAGACGCCGCCGGGAGGAACGGUGCCGCGCGGGCGCGAAUAGCCCGCAACGCCGUGGCUCAAUGGUGCAGAACCCCCACCGCCCGACGAGCAUGCCUCCACGCCGCGCAGACGUUCCGCAUCAUGAGUCAGCGCAAGAUCUCCGAAGGCAUGAUGUUCCAGUCAGAGACGGCGCUGUUCGAGUCCGCCCUCGUCCUGGGUCUGUACCUGUACUUGAGACCCGCCGUGCCUGAGGUGUCGGCGUGGGCAUCGUGGGUCAUCUCUGGAGGAGGGUACGAAGAAGAAGAAGAAUACGAACUAUUGGACGAUGUAGAUUGGACACGGAUCGGAGUGCUGGGCCUGAGCGAUUCGGUGGAAUGUCUGGGUGACGACGUUCCACGUUCGUCAGAUUCAGGUUCCCCAAGCCGACGUUUCAUACGGGACGGCGACCUCGCGCGCCUUUCCUUUGACGGCAUCCCAUGCGCCCCCGGCUUCGCGUCUGCUCAGCGCAUCUUCCUCGCCUUUUCUACCCUAUUGAGCCAGUUGACCAACCGGGCUGGCGGGCCUCUGAUAGCCUGGCUGGUGCAGACGAGUUCGGUCCUUGAGCUCCUGAUGCGCGAGAUCGAGCCAGAAUUUGGAAGCUUCAUGGUCGAGGCUACACCUGGGAAGCCUUAUGAUAGCAGCAGGAUCGAGAGCUUGCUAAGUGUAGAGGAAAACAUGCGAAAACGGAGACGAAUGAUACAAGCAUGCCUUGGGCCGGGAGAAGCAGUCGUCACCAUGCCAGGGUUCCCACGCCUGGGUGCUCCAGGGCUCUACACGGAACCUGCCCUGCCCACUCACGGACUCUUGUUGCAAUCACAGUUCCUUCCGGAUGGAUUGAUCAGCACGCAUGACCGUUAUGGUACAAUUCACGAUAACAUGUCGGCGCGCCGUGCAGGGCGUCCAUGCAGGGUCAAGAUACCAAUCUACCGUGACAAGAACACGCCCUGGCCGUGGAGGGAGUCACUUCAAUUUCCUCACCGGAACAAUGCUCAAGAGGAUGAUGCAGAACAGAAUCACGACAGUUCAGCCGAGAACUUUAUAUAUGGCGACAGCAUGGCAUUCGGGCCAAGCUUCUGCGGGCUCCAGGUCACGAUGCAAGCGCGAAACCUCCGAGAAGCACGUUACCUGCACGAUCAGUUAUGUCCGCUGGGCCCCAUCCUCAUGGCAUUGUCAGCGGCGUCGCCCUUCUUUCGUGGAUUUCUCACGAAUACAGACGUUCGAUGGAAUCAGGCGGCUUCGGCGGUGGAUGAUAGAACGACGAAUGAGCUUCAUUCAAAUACUAUCAAGCCCGCUGGCUUGCAUGCACGCUGGUCAUCGACGGCAAUGUACAUCUCUGACGACUCGCAACUUCAGCCGGUCUACAACUCACCUGAGAUUAAAGUUGACCCGGCAAUCAAACGAUACCUCGAGUAUCACAGCAACAUGGAUUCCCUGCUGGCUUCGCACUACGCCAACAUCCUUACUCGCGAUCCUAUCGCCUUGACAAAGAACGAGCUCCGAUCCUACGAAAGCCUCGAUCUCUUUGAGAUUCUCCACUCUGCAGUCUGGCCGCAUGUCGACUUCAAACUGCCCUAUAAAGACGGCGCGGCAGGAUGGCGGGUUGAAUUUCGACCCCUGGAAGUCCAAUUGACCGAUUUCGAAAACGCGGCAUUCGCGGUGUUUGUUACCUUAGUCGCCCGCACUAUUUUGCACUAUCGCCUCAACUUCUACAUCCCCAUAGAUAAGGUCGCAGAGAACAUGGAGAGAGCACACACGCGAAAUGCGGUCCGCGAGCAGAAAUUCUUCUUCCGUCUGAAGGUGGAGCGGGCGACAUUAGAUGAAGAAGCGCCGGAAUCAGAAAAUCCAGACCAAGAAUAUACACUUAUGACCAUGACAGAGAUCAUGAAUGGAUCUCUGAGCUUGCGAAACUCAAAGGGUCACUCAUUCCCGGGCCUUAUUCCGCUCGUGCAGUCCUACAUUCUAGAGGUCUUUGAGAGUGUCUCCGGUGAUGAUAGACGGACGAUAGACAAGUACCUGGACAUUAUUCAAAAAAGGGCCACGGGGGAAAUGCUCACACCGGCGAGCUGGAUGCGACAGUUUGUGCAAGGGCAUCAGGACUAUCACCAGGAUAGCUUCGUCUCGGAGCUUGUCUGCUAUGAUCUGAUGAAAGUCGUCAAGGCUUUGGGAGAUGGGAGGAUUGAUCCUGCAGAGCUGUUUCUUUGUGGACAUGUGACGAAGAAGGAUCACGUCUAA